AUGUCUGGAACUGUAAAGAGUUCCUUUUCCUCAGUCCUGCCAUCGAUACGAGCCCCCAAGAUCAAGCGAAAGCACCUACGAAAAUACUCAUGGCUGCCUGAUGUCUUCCGCCUCAAAGGAAGUAUCAUCCCGAGGGUUGUUGGUCAUGUCCUUACAGUGACGUUGUUCGCGGUGUUCGUGUGUUAUAUGAUGGCCAAAGGCUACAAAGUUAGGCUAUCGAAUUCUAUCUUUCCGUUGCUCUCCGUUGUGGUUGGUCUCAUCCUGGUCUUCAGGAACAGCACAUCAUACGACCGCUAUUGGGAAGGCCGAAAAUCAUUCGCGACUUUGACCGCCAAUACUCGUAAUAUCUCGCGCAUGAUUUGGGUCAACGUCGGCCCUCCUCCAGUACAAGCAGAUGCUCAACCGUCGCUCGCCAAAGGGAAAAUACCUGGUGCCGACGUGACGAACAGCCAACUUCGCCGAAGAAAAAUCGAUGCUCUACGUCUCUGUCUUUCGUUUGCCUUUGCCACCAAGCAUUACCUGCGUGGAGAGGACGGAGUCAAUUACGCUGACUACCAAGGCGUCCUCCCCGCUUCCUUUUCCCGAUACGACGAAGUUGGAUUGAGCACUCAACGCCCAAAUCCCAUUGGUAACUAUGCCGCCACUAGAACAGACUCGAAGGCAACAAGUAGGGAUGGGAGCAUCAGUGGUAGAACCACCCCAGAUCUUAACAAGCCAGACGCGACGAAAAGAGUCCGGCCGAAGCGGAGCAAGCAACUGACGGACCCGUCGACACCGCUGCUUCAAGAUAGCCAUAGGAACUUCGACUUCCGCCCUUUUGCUGAAGAGACUUCGCUCCCUCUGCCUCUUGUUAUUGCACAUGAACUCAGCCGGACGAUUUAUGGAUUUAGAAGAGACGGUUUCCUUGAAACUGUCGGUCCCGCAGGCUUAAAUGCGUUCACCCAAAUGAUUUCGAGCCUUGUGGAUCAACUUACAGCCAUGGAACGUGUUGCUAAUACCCCGAUACCUAUCUCCUAUGGCAUUCACUUAAAGCAAUGUGUUACUCUUUACCUUUUCGCUCUUCCUAUGACUCUCGUGAAUGAGCUUGGAUGGGCAACCGUGCCUCUGGUGACUGCUGUCGCAUUCACGUUCAUGGGUAUAGAAGGAAUUGCUGAUGAGAUUGAGAUGCCUUUUGGAACGGAUGAACGCGACUUACCUCUUGGUGGAGAACCUUUUCCUUGGUCCUUAUCCUUGCCUCUGACCCGCGUUCCAGAACGAUAUUGCCAGGAUCUAAAAGAAGAAAUCUUCUACAUUAUUGACCGCCUUCCCGAAGGUGGCCAAGGCAUGUAUGGGUACGACGAUGGGGAGGGAGAUGAUUAA